AUGGAGACCACCACCGCCACUCAACCCAUCUGCUCCGUCUGCUCCCGCGAAGCACCUCAACCACUCCUCAUCUGCUUCAAUUGCAGCGAAGGCACCGACAGUGACGGAAAGAUUUCUCUCACGAAUUACUGCGGCACGAGAUGUCGCGACGGCGACGACUCGAACCACGCAGGGAUUUGCAAAUUGAAAAAUAAUCGUAAAGCUCUCUACCGCGCGGGAGAGAUUCUGCAGGCUGCAUUCUAUAUUUGGAGAGAAGUGGCUUUUGAUAUUAAUAUCGAGUCGGUGUGGAAGAAUGAGGAGGGGAUUUUGUGUUAUCGGGAGCGGGAGUAUGAUUCUGGCGUGACUCUUUAUCGCUUUCCUGAUCAUUUGAUUCCGGAUUCAAGGGAUAAGGUUAAGAUUUUAUCUUUUAUUGCUUGUACUGAUGCUCAGACGCAUAUGUUUGAGCUUAGCAAGAGACUUUUGGAAGGUCUGGUUACCAAUCCAUGCGAACUGACUGUGACUGUUGACCCCGAGUGUCUCACGGUCCAUCGCUACUAUGACUGGGGACUCGACCAGGAAACGUUCGAUCACGAAGUUAUUGAGGUUGUACUAGGAGGAGAUUCAGAAGCUUCUGAGGGCUACGUCAUCGACAUGGCUGGUGCACAGCAUGGACAAUUCAAGGCAGUGGUCCCAUCCAGGUCGUACAUUCCCGAUUGCGCGGAGAGGGCCGUUCGACGCAAAGGCUUGCAGAUUGUCUGGGCUGCCAAUGUCGAGAUGAGAAAGCGCAUGAAAGUCGCCAUGGACGAUUGGGAGCGCGAAGCGUGUUGCACGGUUCAGCUGCUACCUCGCUGCAGAAUGCGGAAAUACGAGGAGGGCAAGGCGACGCUUUUGGCUAGGAUUCGCGGUGCGUUGGAGCAGUACGUUGACGAGCUGGAAGUUUCUGAGAAGCGGUCUUCUUCCGGCAACGGCUGA